AUGACAUAUCGCCUUGAGAAGUCAGGCGCAGAUAUAAAUUUUAUGCUUCCUAUAUCGCAUGUUAAGGACCGAAUUAUGGGACUUUUAGUAUGUGAAGCUAUUAGUUCAUCGUGUAACACCACAACACAGAUCUAUUGCUGUACGGAUGAUACAAUUGACCAGAGUAAGGCGAAAAUGGACCCCCCGCCGAUGUCCUGUGCGGCCCUGCUCCUGUUUUGCCUCCUCGCUCGCCUCGGCCAAGGAACCUCGACGGAAACCGAGCCAAGGACAACCCCUCCUGCCGAAGCCACUGCCACGCUGAACCGAUUCACGUACCAGGAUACAAGUCUUUCAGAAGCUUCAGUCUCCCCUUCCUUAGAUGAACUCCUGAAGGCGAUAAUAGAAAACGAGCUGCAGGACUGUGACUUGGUCCUUGUUCACGAUGAGUCUAAUGAGUACGAGUCGCAGCUUACUCACCUUCUAGACCUCAGCAGUGUUCGAAGGCUGGUGCGCGUCAACACCCCGCAGGACCUCCGGCUGGCGUUGAGGGCGGAGUCACGGUGCGCCGCCUACCUGAUCCUCCUCGGUGACCACGCCCACCUCCUCGAUCUCAGCCAAUCACAGGACGAAGGGUGGAACUACAAGGGCAUAUUUGUAGUAACGGGUUUCUCAAUGGCGGAACUGGAGCUUUUGUCCGCCUCUCCGAAAGGCAGAAGGACAAAGCACAUCUUGGGUUUAGUGAAGACGGGUCCAGGGGGCGACUGGGCUCUUUAUGCGAACCAGUUUCACCAAGAGCGACCUUUCGCCCUUCUGACUUCUUGGAGAGGCGGGCGACUCGCGACGGCGGCGAGGAUGCUGCGUCAGGAGAAGCUGGCUGAUCUCCGAGGCGCUGUCCUGAAGGUGGCAACGUUUGCGUGGGAGCCAAACGUGUUCUACGCGCGCGACGAAGAGGGCGCGUCCCGCUACGGCGUCGACAUCGACGUCGUGAAGGUCUUGGGUCAGGUCCUGAACUUCUCCAUCGAGUUCGUGGAGCCCCCUCGAGGUAUGGCAGACGUGUAUAUGCCUCCUGUAUCUCUGCAACCAUGUUUGAAUCAGUGUGCCUCUGUCGGAGAGCUGUGGGGCGACGAGCGCAGCAACGGGUCGUGGUCGGGCAUGAUGGGUAUGCUGCAGACGGGCUCCGCUGACCUGGGGGCGGCCAGCAUAUACGUGUCCAUCACAAGGGCUGCGGUUGUGGACUUCACGGCGCCCUAUGACUCCAGGCUCAGUUGCUUCAUGGCCCGGACGGAGCCUCCUCUUCCCCGCUGGCAAGCCCUGGCCUUCCCCUUCCAGCUGUGGACUUGGCUGGCACUCCUGCUGGCACUGGCCCUCAACGCCGUCUUCCUGUAUGCCAUUGCGAGGGGCGGCAGUGCGCUCGGCCCCGAGAUCGGCGCCCUGUCCAGCCUCGCGUCCUGCCUCUACUACACCUUCGGCCUGCACUGCGACGCCCCCCAAGCCCGCCUUCCUUUGCGUCCUUCCGCCCAGCUGACGGUCGGGAUGCUGUGGCUGUACGUCACGAUCCUCACGGCCUCCUACUCCACCAACCUCACGGCCUUCAUCAUCGUGAGUCGGCCGCCGGCAAGUAUCGAGACGGUGGAGGAGCUGCGGAAGGCGGGGCUGGAGGUGGCAGGCCUCGGGGACUUCUACAGGGUGGCCCUUGCCUCGGCGGGGGAGGCGAACCUGCAGGCCCUGACCCAAACCUACGAAGGCCACAAGUCAGUGGAGACGAUCCUGCCCAAGGUGCUCGAUGGCCGCGGCGUGUUCCUGCAGAACAGCGCCUACAUCGAGUACGUCACCGCCUCCAGGUUCACUCGCAAGGGCGUGGCAGCGACGAGGAUGAUGAAGGAGUGCUUCGCGCCCUACAGCAUCGCCCUGGCCGUCCAGAGGCACUCGCCGCUCAAGGAGGAGAUCGACAAGGUCCUCGGGAGGCUGAGGGACAGUGGACUCAUUCGCCACUACUUCCUGCAGUCUCUCAGGCGUGCGGCGGCAGACCAGGACACGAGAGGAGGCGCUGACGAAGCCGUAGACAGCGGGGUCAUCCCUCUGACCUUGGACCAUCUUCAGGGCAUUUUCCUUGUGGCUUGUCUUGGCUGGGGAGCCUCCGUGGCAGCCUUCCUUGGGGAGCUUUUGAUGGGGAGGAAGAGGAGGAGGAGGAGGAGGAGGAAGGGCGAGGAGGACAUUUAG